AGCUGCAAAUCCUCCAUGGCCACAGCAACUGCUGAUGAGUCCUCUCGAAAGGUGUUGAUCACAGGCGUUAGCAAAGGAUUAGGACGAGCCUUAGCGUUGGAGUUAGCCAAUCGUGGCCAUACAAUCAUUGGAUGCUCACGUGAUCAAACUAAACUUCAUUCCCUUCAACAACAGCUUGCUCAAGUUUCUUCCACAAAGCAUUUACUCUUCAACGUUGAUGUGAGAUCAAACACCAAUGUUGAAGAGUUUGUCCAAGCUAUUGUGGAAAAUGAAUUAGUACCAAAUAUCAUUGUGAAUAAUGCAGGUUUGAUCAAUAGAAAUGGGAAAAUAUGGGAGUUGGAUGCACAAGAAUUUGAUAAUGUGAUUGAUACAAACGUCAAAGGGAUCGCCAAUAUAAUGCGUCAUUUCAUUCCACUUAUGAUUUCUACCAACAAAGGGAUUAUCAUCAAUAUGUCUUCACUUUCUGGGAGAGAUGCACAUGGACUGGUGUUAUUCUUUUUUAUUAUUUCAAAUUUAACUACUAUAAACUUACUCUUUAUUACUUUUUUUUUUCUUUUUUCUUUUUUCCUUGUGUGUAGAUUUCAUAAUAUGAAUAUUUAAUUUUUAUGA